AUGACUUCUAUAUCCGGUUCCCCCGGGAAUAAUGUUCUUAUGGGAUGCACCGAGUAUGACACUCUCGGUCGCGUUCAUGAUGUGACAUUGUCUCUCCCAACCAGACAGAUAAGUUGGUUCAAGCCGCCAACGGACUCUGGAAAGACGGCACGUACUACAAAUGGCAACAUUGUAGUUCUCAUUGUGUCGGUUAUUCUGAAGAUCUCAAAGGUUGAGGAAAGGGACGGUCGUCUUCCAGUUGAACUUGGAGGUACGCCUGUAAGUGGGAAGAGCAAAGGACGAGGCAAGAGAUCGGCGGAUGAUGACCUGGCAUCUAUGACAUCAACUGUGCGUCGACGAAUUGAUGCCCCUCUUCAAUCAACAUUCCGUCCCCGGGCACUUGUCUCGGCCACGGUUUCAGGGGGACAGGAUGGGGUCACUCAUGAUGAUUUUGAAUCAGUCAAACUGUUGUUGGCACAUGUAAAUGUGCUCGAAUCAGGUUGGGUGGACAUUAAGUGGGAGGCGGGUGAUACAAAGAAGGCAGAAAUUGCGACAGUCCCAUGUGCUCAUGGAACCUCAAAGCUGGUAUAUAAACUGAAGAUUGGUGGGGAACGAUUUGUAGCCAAGCGCUAUGCAAACAUACCAUCAGGAGGUUUUGCAUUGCGCUCUAAGCCAGUGACUAUAGCGGCACAGGCUCGACCUCUACAUAUGGUGACAAAUGCCGAAUAUCUGAAGAAUUUUAUGCAAACGCAUGAACAACGGGUGAAUCGUUCUCAGACGAUUUCAUUGGCCUCUGGCCUUACCAAGGAGGACUUCGCCAUCCAAGACAGCGUCUUUGACAAUGACCCACCAGAUAGCGAGGAUAUCGGGAAUGAUGGGAGCGAGACAGCUGGUCACCUGCUACUGGAAUGCUUGGGGCCAACCUGGCUUAUUGAGCAUGAGAGACCAACUCAGGUCAUGAAGUACAGUGGCACCCUUCAGCAAUCCAGCCGCCAAACUCUUCCUUUUAUGACGAUGUCUGCAUUUGCACAUUUCAGCCUGAUUUGGUCAAACGGAGAGCGGGUAUUUGCUGACCUUCAGUCCUCUCCUGGUGUCUUGGACAGUAUGCCAGUGCGCAUCCUCUUUGACGGAAUGGCUCACACAGAGAAAGGGAACGCCGGACCUGGUGACCAUGGAGAACAAGGCAUCAAGCAAUUCUCCAAGACGCAUAUCUGUAAUAAAAUCUGUGAUAGUCUCAGGAUUAAUGAAACUGAGGAUUCGGAGGACGAGGAAGACGAGGGCACCAAAGGACAGAAAAACCACAUCAUAUGA